AUGGCUACUCCCCUCGAGACUGUCAUCAGCGAUCAAUUGCAGCCAACUGCAGCAGUCACGGAAGCCGCCGGCCCACAAAUAACUGCAGCUCCACGCCUUCAUUGCACCGACGGCUCGACAAUCCUGCACACGACUGACUGCACGAUGGGUACUCCAGUAUCCUACUGUUUCAAAGAAGAGCCCCCAAUCGAGUGCGACGACGGUUUCUUUCCGUCAGUCUGGCAUCCAGAUCAUUGCAUGGAACAAUCGACCUGCUUCCCUCUCGACGCAGUGUGGAUCACAACGGAGUGUACAAAUGGAGCGGUUCCGUACACGACGAAGACACUUUAUGACGGAACGCUUGCUGGAGGGUCGUCGACUGUCAUUAGGGCCGUUUCUUGCUCCUGCGCAACCGAUCAAUGGUACAGUAUGACCAUGAAGGACGGAUCUUCGCAAUGCGAUACUUUCUGUAUGCCAUAUGAGUCUUGCCCGCCUGGUAUGACAACUUCCGUUAGUACCAAUGAGUUCUGCGCUACGGCUACUGCGGAUGUUUGCCAUGGCGUUCCUGCUGAGACGUCGUACUGUCAGUGUGCUGACCCGACUGAGAUUCCUAUUUAUCCAGAACAGCCUGGUGCGAUGGCUAUUGGAUGUGUGUAG